AGUGCGCGCACCGUGCGAAGUGUGCUCGCACUGUGCGAAAAGUGCGGAGUGCGCGCACAGUGCGGAGUGCGCGCACAGUGCGGAGUGCGCGCACAGUGCGGAGUGCGCGCACAGUGCGGAGUGCGCGCACAGUGCGGAGUGCGCGCACAGUGCGGAGUGCGCGCACAGUGCGAAAUGUGCACCGCACACUGAGAUGUGCGUGCGUGUGCGCACAGCACACCUAAUUGUGCUCUUUUUCCCAACACUAGCCUAUAUUGAUGAAUAUACAUGAAUUGCCAGACAUCCCAGUGAUGAUCGUGGCUAUCUUUUGUGGUUCUUCAAAGCCAGGCAGUAUAGAAGAAUUUUUAAAUCCUUUUGUUGAAGACAUUAACAAAGUCCAAGAAGAUGGAAUAAUGAUAAAUGGAAAAAAAAUAAAAGUAAAACUACGAGCAAUUAUCGCUGAUUCUCCGGCUCGUGCGUUUAUUAAAGGAGUAGCUUAUUUCAAUGCCAAGCAUGGUUGUUUAAAAUGUACAUGCCAUGGAGAAUUUAGUGAGCUAUCGAAAACAAUGGUGUUUAAUGAUUUACAUGCACCAAAAAGAAUUGAUAGGCUGUUUCGCAGAAGGAAGUACGGAAAACAUCAUAAAUAUGAUUCGCCUCUAUUACGCAUAAAGAAUUUAAACAUCAUAGACGCUAUAAUAAUAGCAGAUACUCUACAUCUCAUUGAAUUCGGCGUUUUGCGGAAACUUUUAAAUGGUUGGAAAGAUCAAACCCUAGGACUAAAAACAAAUUGGUCAAAUGUAGGUCAUAUAAUAUCAGACAUGCUUAGGAAAAUGAAACUUCCUUCAGAAAUUCGAAGGAAAAUGAGAGGUAUAGAUUGUCUUGGACAUUGGAAAGCCUCAGAAUUUUACACGUUCCUUCGGUACACAAGCAUUCCAAUAUUGAGGAAAUUUCUUCCAGCUCAUGCUUUCAAACACUUCUUGUUAUUGUUUUCCGCAAUUACCAUAUUGAGCAGCAAAUAUCACUAUUCGAAAUGGAAAUCAGCUAAAACAAUGCUAGAAACGUUUGUUUUAGAUUUUCAAACAAUUUAUGGAAAACAAUUUGUAACGAGCAAUAUACAUAAUUUAAUUCAUGUUUAUGACGAUGUACAUAAUUUUGGCCCUUUAAACACUAUAUCGACCUAUCCUUUCGAAAAUUCACUCCAACUUUUAAAGAAAAUGCUUAGAGGCCGUAGUAACGAUUUAGAACAAGUUAUCAAUCGAAUAUCAGAAUUGAUACAAUUUGAGUCAUUAGAUAAACACGAGAAAACGAAUUAUCCAAGGCUAGGAAUAAAGAAAAAUCAAACUAUGUUGCAUUUGAGAAAAGACUUCGUCCUAUGCAAGGAAUUCAAAAACCAGUGGUUUGUAAGUAAGGACCAUAGUGUUUAUAAAUUUUUGGGCGCCAUUGAACAGAAUUCCGAAAUAACCGUUUUUGCACAAAACAUGGCUGUUGUAGAAGAAGCGUUUGAUUCUCCAUGCUCCUCCUUAGAUUUACUCAUAUAUGAAGGGAGCAUAAAAGAUUUAGCAAUAGGAACAGUUACGCUUAAAGCAAGUGAUGUUAUGUGCAAAUUAGUAGCAGCAGGAACAGAUAACCCAAACACUUUUAUCUUCAGCCCACUUCUCCAUACUCUUAUCGGAUAAUAGAUCCUAUGUUGAAUUAAGUUAAACUCACUACUUGUUUAAUAAGAUGUCGCUCUUUACGGAUAAUAAAAAAAAACAUUUUCGUAACAAUCUAUGUGUUUGAAAUUCAUCUUAUUUAUUUAAGUUCAAGUAAAUUGGAAGAUCAAAAUUAACGUUGAAAAUAAUUUCAUAUUUCAUAAUUAAUAAACAUUAGGUUUAAAUUCUAUGAGACGUACGUUGUACAUCCUGUGCUUUUAGCAUACUCUAUUUCUUCAUUAUUCUUCCUAUCUAAU